CCUUCUUUCCCGAGAGUCUCAAUUGUCCUACACAUGGAAGAAGAAUUACCUCUGGAGAGAAGCAAUAAAUAAAUAAAUAAAUUAAUCAGACUGGAUGAGUGAGAUUAAAUUAAUAUGGUUAAGGUUCAUGAACUGGUCAGCUGUACUUUGGUUUUAUCACAUUCAUAAGGGGGACUCUUAAGGUUCCCGUGAGAAGAAGUCAAUUCCAAGAAACUUCUUCUUGUAUCCAAUCCAUACAUGUGAAGUGGUACUAUGAACCUAUGAAGCAGUAGUAGUAAUAUUAGCACUCCCUCUGUUAAAAAAAAAAUCUGUAAAAUUUUUCAAUCUGAACAAUAAUUUUUGAACAAUAAUUUUUAGAUGAAUAGAUUAAUAGUAAGUACAUUAAACUAAAUAGUUUGAUUGAGGAAGAAAACAAAAUCACAAGGGUAAUUGAAUGAAUUAGUCGCCAAUGGGCAUAGUGUGGUUCAUGGUAGUUCUUUUUAUACGGAGUUUCACACUACUGCUUUUACAACUUGAGCGUUCCUUUUGACUUUUUCAAAUUACUUCUCACUACUCGGCAGUAGUCGAUAUCCCCUAUAACUUGAUAACCCCUCAGCAGGUCCACAAGCCUUAAUUUGGAGUGGAAUUUGGAAAUAUCUCCCUUCCCCCUCCUUUUAUUUUCUUCGUCUGAUUCUGACCUUUACGUACGUCUCACAAGUUUUCCUUAUUUUAAUAAGGAGUAAAUAUUUAUUUAUUUGAAGGUAGUCCAAUUUAUCACCAAUAUCGCUGAUAAAAUAAUGAGGGUUGAUAUAAAUUAUAUGUAGCAUCUAUUUGGCUGAUUCCGAAGAUAUUUUUGAGAGAUGGAUGAAACCAUACAUUAUUUUUGUCAAGCACCAAUUACAGUACAGUUUCUUUAAGUUUCUCCCCUUGUGGCCACUUACAGUGAUAGAUAAUAAGUGACCAUUUAAUCACGCUGUACCAAAUAUAUUGAAUAAUUCAACAACAACCGAAAAAACUAUCUCUGACUCCAAUAGAAUAAUUUGGAAGAGCUUUGCGGAAAAUCAUUGAAUUAAUCUGUGUUCAUACAUUUUUUUUUCUUUAAUACAUAAAAAUUGUUGACGAUUUUGUCAAAGUUGUGAUUUUGAGUCUUUUUGUUUUAGCUGUUGUCAUAACGUGCAGAAUGGUCUGAAGUGUGAUAUCAUUGUCAAAGAUGGACCCAAUAAUUUUGCGUGUGUGUGUGUGUGUGUGAAUGGAUGUUGUUGUACUCUUCUACCUCCUCCAAAAGUCUCGGAAACUCCGGUGGACUUUUUCUAUGAGAAAAAAGUUUUCUUGUCUUUUCCUUUUUGGUUGAUUGAAGUGUUUAUGUGAGAAAUAAUUUUGUUAAUUGGUGAUCUAUCUCUCUUGUUCCUCUGAAUCAAAAGGAGGCCUUGAAAUUAAGUGAGAAAAACAGGGGCGCCUUAUUAUUAUCAUCACAUUUGUAAGGGGUUAGGAUGAUAAUAAUAGUUAUUAACGAGGGUUCGAUUCUCGCUAGUCCAUCUUCUUUUUAGUAUGUAGAAUGUAUAGGUUGAUUAUCCUGGGAUGAAAAAAAAUUCUAACGAAUCAAUGGUUUGAGACAAAAUAGGUGGAGUACUAACUAUUAGUAUUAAACUGGGGGUGCAGGUGGAUAACAGAACGGAAGAAGAGAGAGCAAUAGACGACUGGCUACCAAUCACAUCGUCGAGGAAUGCGAAAUGGUGGUACUCUGCUUUCCACAACGUCACCGCCAUGGUUGGUGCUGGUGUCCUCAGUCUCCCUUAUGCCAUGUCUGAGCUUGGAUGGGGACCUGGGGUGGCAGUGAUGGUGAUUUCAUGGAUCAUCACCUUAUACACACUGUGGCAGAUGGUGGAAAUGCACGAGAUGGUUCCAGGCAAGCGUUUCGACAGGUACCACGAAUUAGGCCAGCACGCUUUCGGGGAGAAGCUUGGACUCUGGAUCGUGGUUCCCCAGCAGCUGAUCGUCGAGGUCGGGGUGGACAUUGUGUACAUGGUGACUGGUGGAAAAUCACUGCAGAAAUUCCACAAAUUGGUCUGCUCUCACCCAUGCAAAGACAUCAAACUCACCUAUUUCAUCAUGAUCUUUGCCUCUGUCCAUUUCGUGCUUUCUCACUUGCCCAACUUCAACUCCAUCUCUGGUGUUUCCCUGGCUGCUGCUGUCAUGUCUUUGAGUUACUCCACGAUUGCAUGGGGAGCAUCAGUGGACAAGGGAGUCCAACCAGAUGUGCAAUAUGGAUACAAAUCAUCCACCACCGCCGGAACUGUUUUGAGCUUCUUCAAUGCAUUGGGAGAUGUUGCCUUUGCGUACGCAGGUCACAAUGUGGUUCUGGAGAUUCAGGCCACCAUUCCUUCCACACCUGAGAAGCCAUCAAAGGUACCUAUGUGGAGAGGAGUUGUGGUUGCCUACAUUGUGGUGGCCUUGUGCUAUUUCCCUGUUGCUUUCAUUGGCUAUUGGAUGUUUGGCAAUGGUGUUGAGGACAACAUCCUCAUCUCCCUAAACAAACCUACCUGGCUUAUUGCCAUGGCCAACAUGUUUGUUGUCGUUCACGUCAUCGGAAGCUACCAGAUAUACGCCAUGCCAGUUUUCGACAUGCUUGAAACUGUGCUUGUCAAGAAGCUAAAGUUCAAGCCUAGUUGGUAUCUGAGAUUCAUUACCAGAAAUGUUUAUGUUGCAUUCACAAUGUUUGUCGGUAUCACCUUCCCUUUCUUUGGAGGACUUCUUGGAUUCUUCGGAGGAUUUGCUUUUGCUCCAACUACAUACUUUGUAAGUGUACUUUUCCGCAAUCAAGGUUUAUCGCAUCACAUACUGUCACCAGAUGAUUCAUCUCUAAUGAAGUGUAUCUUCUCUUAACUCUUGCAGCUUCCUUGUAUCAUGUGGCUUGCCAUCUACAAGCCAAGAAAAUUCAGCUUGUCUUGGUGCGCCAACUGGGUAUGUACCGACUUUAAAUCAUUCCCAAACUCUUGAUUUCAGUCUCUUAGAACACCAGCUGAUCAUGUUUACUGUUACCAACUUUUUGCAGAUUUGCAUUAUACUCGGAGUUCUUUUGAUGAUUAUAGCACCUAUUGGAGGGCUAAGGAAUAUCAUAAUCAAUGCUAAAACUUACAAAUUCUACUCUUAGAGCUGCUCCAUCACAUCAUGCAAUAAUCUCCCC